AUGGAUGUGGAGUUUGGCAAUGAAUUUACUAACUUGACUUCUGUAUCAGAGAUCGAGGACAAAAGUACCAUAAAGCUAAUCUUUGAUUCUGGUCUGCCUUGCACUCCACACCAUCCCCACUCCACUCCUGCUACAUCAUGCUGUAGUGAUGACUCAUCACUUUCAUGUGCCUCACUUGACACCGAUAUUUUGACAUCUCCAGAGUCUGCCGCCUCAAGAUCAUCUGGAUGGCCUCUUGUGUUUCAUGUUCCCAAAUUCCCAUAUGAUUGUGAGCUGCAACUGGAAAAAGCCAAUGCUGCAUUCAAAGCAACUGGAACUUUGCUCGACCCUGACAUUAGACUUAAAACUGCCAUUCUUGAUGGUUUGGCUGAAGCAAUUGUGCAGUACAAAGUGUACCCAACUGAUGGUGAGUUUGAAGAUGUAACAGAAGCCCUUGUGUCAUCACAUCCAUGUUUAAGAGAACUAGGAUCUGCCACUGGACAUGCUGGCUGGAAAGUUAGUUUAAAGUACAAACUUGCCAACUACACAAGGAAGCUCAAGCGGCUUGGAUGCCCAGAGGUUGAAAUAAAUUCCUUUAACAAAGAGAAGACCAGUCCUGCUUCUGGUGUGAAGAAACCCAGAAAAGCUGAGGUCAAUUACUGCCCUUCCUACCCAUCAGGUGAAUCUGCAGAGACACUUGAAAAGAUAAAGGAGACCCUUGUUUUGGAAGCAAAGAAAAAGAACAAUGAGGACACAGUGGCAGCAAUGAUGACCAAGACCUUUGCUCAUAGAAGGCAAGAGAUUAUUCGAGAUGCCCCCAUGAUUGCAGUUUUUAAAACCAGAUGGCCAGCUCUUUUCAAUAUGUGCGAGUUAAGUGCUGAGUUCAAGAGAAUAACUACUGUUAGUUUGCUGCCGAAGUUCUUCUCUGAGCUGGAUGGUCACUCGGCAAAACUGCUCCAGGUCUUUGGCAAGAAGGGUGAUGCUCUGGGACAAAGGAUAAAGAGGAUUCUGAUACCCGUGACACAGACUGACAACAUUGAUGUGAAAAGAGAGUGCAUCCUCAAGGCGCUGAUGGUCUACCUGAAUGAGGAGCCGGACAAACUGGUGAAAGAACGCCUGGACUGUGAUGUUGAUGCUGGCGGUCAAGCUGAAAUGGAGACGGUCUUUGGUGUACUUGUGAUUCGCAGACAAGGUGCAGAGCUUGAUGAUGGUCCAGCUGAUGUCAUCAUCAUUUUGGAGGGAGUAGAAGUCCUCAACGAGCUUGGUAACGUACCCGUGGCUAUAGCGAUGCUAUUCCCUUUAGUUUACGCACUUAAUUUGAGCUACCCUGCAGAGUGGAAGUACACUUUCGAAGCACUUCAAAAACUUAUCAUGGGACUUGAUGGACAGAAAUUGUCCAAGAAACUACAGGUGCUGAAAACCCUACUUGCACGUUAAAAUUUUGUAGGAUUACUUGCAUACAGUUAGCGUUACAU